GCCUAAAAAUAACAACGUCAUGGAUAUUGCUUUGAUUUAUAUUGCUAGGAUAAUUUUAUACAACAAUAUUUUGUGGUAAACAUUUUAAUGGAUUAUUAUUUAAAACUAGGUUCAGUGUUCCGCGGCUCCACUCCAGCGGGAAUUGCGGGGAUUGUGUUCUAAUUAAUAAAUAUUCAAAUAUUGUUUUUUUUUUUUUGAUAGGGUUUUAUUUUGAAAUCAGACUUGUUUCAGAGAUAAACAUCGUCCAAAAUAUAUAUAAUAUAAUAAUUAAUUAAUUGAUAUAGCAGUAUGUAUCGAUACUUAUAUUCGUAAGGUCGUUAACGCAAACAAAUAAUGCACGGUUAGAAUUUCAAACGGCAAACGGACAAUUGUUAAUGAAUUCUACGUUGUCGUCUGUAUUUAAUGUAAUGUAGACGGGUUAUUUUUGAUCAACAUUCUAUUGGCAGUUUGGCAGCGGUUAAAUUCUCAAAAGUACUAAUUAUCUAGUGAACGCGAUGUUUUUACCUAAUUUCUAAGUUGUAUUUUCGUCUUUUAAUAGAACCCAUUGAAAUGUAAAAACAAGUCAAAAUCACGCCUUGCCAACUAAACGCACAAAAAUAGUAGCUCGUUCAAACCGUCUCGAAAUUACGCCGUGUAAUGUAACUGAACGCAAAUUAAAUUAAUGGAACAAAGAUUUUUCACAUCAUCGUGAUACAAAAAUAGAAUCAUAAAUCACGCUGUUUUUACUCAUUGAAAGGAAGGAAAAACCUUCUUGGUUACGUCACAAGUGCCCAUCUAUCAUUAAGAGAGAGAAUUGUACCAAGAGAAUUCACCAAAGUGCUAAAGAAUCUCUCUGAAGUAGGUACACAAAAAGAUUUAUAAAAAGUUACAAGAUUUCGGAUAAUAAAACACAAGAGCAGAGAGCAGCGUCUUGUUUCUUUCAGGCAAGAUAUUCAGAUGGGCCAGCGGUUGUGAACGUCAAUAUAUUUGUCAGAAGUAUAUCAAAGAUCGAUGACGUCACGAUGGCGACGCGCCAACGUUAGUUCGCGUCAACCUGUAUCUACGAUCCAUCAGCAAAAUAGAUGAUUACAAAAUGGAAUAUUCUGUGCAGCUGACGUUCCGAGAACAAUGGUUAGACGAGAGACUGAAAUUCAACAACUUAGGAGGUCGUUUAAAAUACUUGACCCUGACGGAAGCUAACAGAGUAUGGAUGCCGGACUUGUUUUUCUCCAAUGAGAAGGAGGGCCACUUCCACAACAUCAUCAUGCCAAAUGUCUACAUCCGAAUCUUCCCGAACGGCAACGUGCUGUACAGCAUUCGGAUCUCAUUGACGCUGUCCUGUCCGAUGAACCUCAAGCUUUAUCCCUUAGAUAAACAAACGUGCUCAUUGAGAAUGGCCAGCUAUGGCUGGACGACUGAUGACCUGGUGUUCCUGUGGAAGGAAGGGGACCCGGUGCAGGUGGUGAAGAACCUCCACCUUCCUCGUUUCACACUGGAGAAGUUCCUCACAGACUAUUGUAACAGCAAAACGAAUACAGGUGAAUACAGCUGUCUGAAAGUGGACCUGCUGUUCAAGCGCGAGUUCAGUUACUACCUGAUCCAGAUCUACAUCCCGUGCUGCAUGCUGGUCAUCGUGUCCUGGGUCUCCUUCUGGUUAGACCAGGGCGCCGUGCCUGCGAGAGUCUCACUAGGAGUAACAACUCUCCUGACAAUGGCGACUCAAUCGUCAGGCAUCAACGCUAGCUUACCACCAGUAUCAUAUACCAAAGCCAUCGACGUCUGGACGGGGGUCUGUUUAACCUUCGUGUUCGGGGCGCUACUGGAAUUCGCUCUGGUGAACUACGCGUCAAGGUCUGACAUGCAUAGGGAGAUGAUGAAGAAGACGAAGCGGGAGAUGGAGACGGCGGCGAGUAUGGACGCCGCGUCUGAUCUCCUGGAUACUGACAGCAACGCGACGUUUGCUAUGAAACCGCUGGUUCGCGACGGCAUGCUGGACUCGAAGAUGAGGCAGUGCGAGGUGCGCAUGUCUCCUCCCAGGAAGAACUGCUGCCGAAUAUGGAUGUCCAAGUUCCCGACCAGGUCCAAGAGGAUAGACGUCAUCUCCAGGAUUACAUUCCCGCUGGUCUUCGCUAUAUUUAAUUUGGCUUACUGGUCAACCUACUUAUUCCGCACCGAGGACGAAGAGAAGUGAUUUUCCGUGACAGCCGGCGGCGGCUUGCAGGUGGCGAGUCUCGCGUGCGCGGUGCUCGCCCCCUACGUGGUGUUCCUGGCCGCGUACGCCGUCUGCCUCAGGCGCCCCGCCGCGCCCCGCGCCCCCAGCGCGCCCCGCGCCCCCAGCGCGCCCCGCGCCCCCAGCGCGCCCCGCGCCCCCAGCGCGCCCCGCGCCCCCCGCGCCACUCCCGGGCGACGACAGGCGAGGUGUCCUCGAGUUUGACUUUAACUCUCUAGAGCCAUGCACUCACUCACCCCAUCUGAUAUAGGAAUCGGUCGACACAAUCAUUCGAUCAGAGCUAGACGAUAUUACAAUUCUGAAUUCCUUCUAAAAUACAACAGGCACCUGAUUCCUCGAGUUUAGCUUCGAAAAGGAGAAAUAAAACAACCAACCAGUCAAAAGGCUCUCGAUAAAUUUACAGAUACAUACGCAGUCUUUCUUUGGAUCAUCAGUCCAGAUGCAACACAAGCAAACAGAGAAAGGAAACAUAACGAGAAACAUGAAACAUUUUAGGGUUAAGAGGAUUUGGUGUUGAGACAAAGAGAUCUCGAUUUGAUAAAACAUCUUCAAUAUACUCUACCUCAUAUAUAUCCAGAUCAAAAUCGUAAAUGCUCUAGAAUUUGAAGUACCGAUAAAUAUCUGCUCUUGAUGGACAUAGCCCAAAGGAACAAGCGAGUAUAAAGGCCGCCACGCCAAUCCACAAUGGUCUAGCCGGUUCUUCAUUUUGGCAUGCAAACAGAUUCAAUUUGCUGCCAAUGUAGUUACUAGUCAAAAAGACGCUUAAAGUGGUGUAUGGGAUAUAAUGAUUAUACAAAUGUAUUCAUAAAUUAUUAUACAUAUACGAUGCACAUGUAUUGGUUAUUUUUAGAUAGUAAAAUGCUGAUUAUAUCAGGCGAAUGAAAAACCGGCUAAUAAUCGAAGAACACCUAUUUAAGCUCAGAUAUUAUUAUUUAUCUAUUAAGAUAAAAAAAAUAGUUAUGUAAUUAAUUUAGUUCAUUACUUAUGUGUAUUUAAAUGUAUAAAAAUUUCUUUCCGAAAGAAAGGUUUUUGAUAAUUUUACCAAAAAACGGCUCCAUGUAUGGAAAAAUAUUAAAAUGUAUGUUAAUAUAUAGCUGUAGAUGUAAGACGAUGCAUGAUUACAAACAUAGAAAUAUUUAUGUACUGUCGAGAGGUAACGCGACAUUAGACUGUAUCCGUAUUAAAAUACGGAAUAGAUUAGCAUAUUAUAUCAUUUUUGAUGGAAACCUUUUCUAUGUGAACAUUUGAAUAUGUUAUGUAUUCAUUCAUCAAAAAUAUUUAAGUUAAAACUAUUCCCGUUAUUAUUAAAAAUAUGCUCUGAUUGGACCUGGAUUAGUUAUUGUUUCGUUCUUUCAAUGUUAAAUACCGAAAAGAGAGGAGAUAAAGAAAAGAAUAACUAUUUCAGGUCUAAACAAAGAAUAUUUUUUAUUAAUAAAAGUGCAUGAGAAUGAUGUGACCUCGGUCGUAUUAGAUUACAUUACUAAUCGUUAGAAAAUAGCCUAAUAUAGCGAAAAGACGUUAAUGUACGAUACAACUGAUGGCCUAGACCACGUGGUUUCAUUUAUAACCUAAUUAAGAAAUCGUCUAUAAGACAAAAGGAAUUUAUUCAUUAUUUAGUAACUAGUUCUUAGAUAAGUGUAAUGUUUAGAUAUGUUUAAAGGUUAUUUUCCAUUUAAAAGGUCUUAUACAAAUGUGGACGUUAACAGAGUUUAUCACCAAAUUAUAUUUCAAUUAUUUAAUUUGAUUUUAGUCUUAGUAAUAAGUGCUAUUUCAAUUAUAUUUGAAACGAAUGCUUGUCCGGAUUUUUUAUUGAUAAAAACCACUGAAUAAAAUAAAAUGUGUGUUUAAAAUAAUAACUAUUUUGAGGUACAUUGUUGGAUGAUGUGAUCUUUUUCUCCCUCUUAUUUUGGUAAAUAUAGGAUCUUUUAAUGGGAAACUUAGGUACGUGGUUAAAUGUAUAUAGUUGGGCCAAUAACUCUCUACACCUGUGUCGCUCACUGUACAGUUAUCUAUAUUAAAUAUAGUAUAAUAUUACUUAUUAAACACUGUUAAGAUUUUAUUAAUAUUCAUUUUAUGUCACACUAUGUCUAUGCGUGUCACUGUACAUAUUCUCAAUGUUUCCUAUUAACUAUUUGUGGGAGAGUACUCUUGAAAUGUCUAUACCGUUCGUUAAAAGAUUUUUUGAAUCUUUUAUCUUUUUAUUCUAAUUUCGUAUUAAAAUUUUAUGACCAAAUAUAUAAUUUUCUUGCGUUGCAAUAUGUUUGAAUUUUAUUUGCAGUUUACUGAUUAUGUAUAACAAAUAAAGAGUACGAUCCCACCAAAAAAUAAUAAAUGUUUUAAUGUGAAUUUAUUAUAACACGUGUCUUUAUAGUAUAUCACUAACGCUGUGUUCGAUUAAGAAAAUAUCGAUUUAAGAACCGGUGCCCAUGAAUGAUUCCAGAGUGAUUUUUUUAUUCUUGCUCAUUUUCUAUUUCCGUCCCUUCUUCGUAACGACUUUUAGGUUGGUAACAGUAAAUUAGGGGACAUACCCGAUUUUAUUAAUUUAAGUAUGUCCUUUAGGUAUUCUUGGGCUGUGAUGAGUACGUAGUUUGUACCUUGCUGCCUACAUUCUGAAAUUACCCGAAUUCAAUCACAUAAUCAAUUUAAUUGGUGUCAUUUUCGGAAGCACGUUUAAUAAAACAAUAUCAAACGAGGAACUAUAACAAAAAUAUAUGCUUUCCUACUUAUUUUUUAAGAAAAUUGUUAAUAACAAUAAGUCAAUUACCUUGAGAUUUUUCUAAUUAAUAAUAUGUUAUGAACGCCCACCGACUACAAUAAAUCAAUUUAAUAUGUCAUAUUUAAAGAAUAUUCUUUAUUUGUGUAUUUUUUUUUAACAGCGACCACAGAUUACUGUGGUUUUAUUGCCGCGGGCAAGAAUUUUUAAUGUCAAUAUAUAUUAUAUAUAUUAUCCUGACCCUCGGAGUUCCUGGGCUUCUCUAAGGUAACCCUUGAAAACACCUGUGUAAUAUAAUCAUCAAAAGCAAGUAAGAAAAUCCUGGUUGCUUCCAGAAAUAGCAUAAAAACCUGCAGCUAAAAUAAGUUUUUUAAGACCUUAUAGUAUUGUAGUACCAUCAUUCCCAAUCAUUUACUUUUACAGUACGCUGUAAGGGAAGGACUUUAAUAAAAGUAUACCCAUGUGAAA